AUGGUCACAGAAAUGGAUGGAGCUACGCGGAACAGAAGUAACUCCGCUAAGCAGGAGCCUGGGGCGCAACAGAAGAUGACAAAAGAUGGAAAGAACAAGCAUGACAAUAUUCCAGAAAGAGUUACACUUAAAAAAGAAAUUGGACUACUGAGCGCCUGUGCCAUCAUUAUAGGUAACAUCAUAGGUUCGGGAAUCUUCAUCUCCCCAAAGGGGGUUCUGGAACAUUCUGGCUCGGUGGGACUGGCGCUGAUCGUGUGGAUGUUGGGAGGGGGGAUAUCUGCCCUGGGAUCCCUCUGCUAUGCUGAGCUGGGGGUUACCAUCCCAAAAUCGGGCGGAGACUACUCCUAUGUGACAGAAAUAUUUGGAGGCCUGGUGGGGUUUCUGCUGCUGUGGAGCGCGGUCCUCAUCAUGUACCCCACCACCCUGGCCGUCAUCGCCCUCACCUUCUCCAACUACGUCCUGCAGCCCAUCUUCCCCAACUGCCUCCCGCCUUACAUGGCCACCCGGAUGCUGUCCACUACCUGUAUACUGUUCCUGACCUGGGUGAACUGCUCCAGUGUUCGCUGGGCCACCAGGAUCCAGGACGUGUUCACCGUGGGCAAGCUACUGGCCCUGGGGCUCAUCAUCGUGGUGGGACUGGUGCAGAUCUGUCGAGGGCACUAUGAGGGGCUGAAGCCACAGGUGGCCUUCGAGUUCGCAAGGUCACCUUCCGUCGGGCAGAUCGCCCUGGCCUUCCUACAAGCCUCCUUCGCCUUCAGUGGCUGGAACUUCCUCAACUACGUGACAGAGGAAGUGGUGGACCCAAGACGGAAUCUACCUCGUGCCAUUUACAUCUCCAUUCCAUUGGUGACGUUUGUGUACACCCUCACCAACAUCGCCUACUUCUCCUCCAUGUCACCUGAGGAGCUGCUGUCAUCCAAUGCUGUGGCCGUUACCUUUGGGGAGAAGCUGCUGGGGAUGUUCUCCUCCAUCAUGCCCAUCUCUGUGGCGCUCUCCACCUUCGGAGGGAUCAACGGAUACCUCUUCACCUCCUCCAGACUGUGUUUCUCCGGAGCCAGAGAGGGCCACCUCCCCAGCCUGCUGGCCAUGAUCCACUGCAAGAGCUGCACUCCCAUCCCGGCUCUACUGGUCUGCUGCACUGCCACCAUCGUGAUCCUGUGCAUCGGAGAGACGCACAACCUGAUCAACUACGUGUCUUUCAUCAACUACCUCUCCUACGGGGUCACCAUCGCUGGCCUGCUUUACUACCGCUGGAAGAAGCCGAAGCUGAACAGGCCCAUUAAGGUAAACCUGAUGGUGCCCAUCAGCUACCUGCUUUUCUGGGCCUUCCUGCUGGGUUUCAGCCUCUACUCGGAGCCUGUUGUGUGUGGGGUGGGACUGGUCAUAAUGCUCACAGGUGUGCCCGUCUACUUCCUGGGAGUGCAUUGGAAGGACAAGCCAAAGUGUAUCUACGAUUUUGUCGAGAUAGCGACCCACGUGGGGCAGAAGCUGUGUUUUGUGGUCUUCCCCCAGGUAGACCCCGAGGAGGAACGGCUGCAGGACAAGGCCGAGUCUUGAGUGGCAGAUCCAGGGAUUUUUUUUUUUCCUUUUCGUUUGAGCCUGUUGAUUUUUUUUUUGAAUUUUUAUUUCGUUUUCACCAGCUCUGCGAGAGGGAAGUAAUGGGUGCCUUGCUCAACUCUCCGUCCGAUAGGUCCAGCUCGGGCUCUGCACUGUGAGCAGAGACCUGCGUUUCUCAGACACCAAGGCGUAUGCAGUAUUUUCCCUUUACCUUCACCAGUUUCAAUACAAGCCAAUGCCAACAGUAUAACAUUGUCAAAUGGACUGCAUUCCCCUCUGACCUGCCCCCCCCCCCCCCCAGAGGAACUGUUUCUCCAUUGUGUUGCUCCUCCUUUGUUUUUUGCAAGAUCAUUUCUUUUUGAGUUCAUCCAAGGUGUUAUGUUUUUACUGUGCCUUACAAAAAGAGGAAAUGUGUCUCCUUUAUCUGUUGUAUUAAGUCAUCACCUAUUAAUUUGUUCUGGGAAUUCUCUUGUGUAAUCCCUAGGUGUGUGGAUUGGGCUCAGUGGUCUUCCAUUGUCCGCUGAGAUCUUCCUGCUGUCAUGUCAUGAGUCAUGGCUUCCACUGAUUUUAUAUUCCUGUAAUGUUUUUGUUUUGAGACCAGGAAUGGGCUUUGCUAGUGUGGGAUCAGGUGCGUGCCCCACUGAAGGAAGUGUAUUAAUUAAAGUCCAAAAUACAGUGCAGUCCAUAUGUAUUCGGACAGUUGGUACAAUUUCUGUUCUUUUGGCUCUGUAGCCCAGCACAUUGGAUUUGAAAUUAAACAACACGUGAGGUUAAAGUGCGGACUGUCCCAUUUAAUUUGAGGGUAUUUACAUCCAUAUUGAGUGAUGUGUGUAGGAAUCGCUUCCCUUUUUAUACAGAGUCCCCCGCAUUUUAGGGGACAGUUGGCUUCUCAGCUGCUUCUGAAUAGUCAGGCUAUCGAUUGCCUUUGGUGUUAUUGGCGUUUGUCAACAGCAGGCCAAUGGCAAUCAAAGAAACCAUUAUUAGGCUGAGAAAUAAAAAAAUAAAAAAACAGUCAGGUGAAACCAAAAUAAACUGUUUGGAACAUCAUUAAGAAGAAAGAGAUUGCCUUGCUGUGGGAUGAAGCACCAUCCAAUGAGGUUGGAGGAAUUUGACUGAAUUUUGAGCAGAAAAGAUGCUUCUGUAGACUUCUGAAUGAAUUCUGCUGCUGCUAUCAGCAGUUACAUUAUUAAUGAAGGCAAGUGAGCCAGCACAUGCCCAACCUAUAACACCUCACAGAUGAAGGCCGGGGGGUGUGCUUUGGUUUUUGGGCAUCUUGGAUGUCAUCUGUCCACAAGACAUUUUCCAGAACUCUGCAGGCUCGUUAUCAAGACUAGAUACUGAAAGCUUUCUUAUACUUACACUAAUAUAUGUACACCUGACUAUUCAGAAGCAGCAGAGAAGCCAGUCGUACCUGCACCUGAUAUGGAUGGACUAAAGGAGAGUCUGCACUUUAACCUCACAUUCGUGGUUUCAUUUCAAAUCCAAUUAGCCUGACUACAGAGCCAAAAGAACAGAAUUUGUACCUAUAAGUGAGGGAAGUAAGAUCCUACACCACUGUGCAAACAAGUUUAUGCUUUAACACAUGCCAGAUCUUGUACCUGUAGUUUUUACUGAACUGACAAUAUGUGGUGUAUAUUAAUAAUUAACUCCAAUGUCAACAUGCGUGUACAGUAAGCGAACAGCAAGAGAGAUCCUGCAACUGGUCGCAUACGCACAAGUUAGAUGUUUAUAGGUAGUUAGGAGACUCAGAACUGUUUUCCGUCUUGGCUGGUGUAAUAGAAAAAAAAUAUACACCCAGUAUUUUCAUGUAGACAGUCUAGUUUGCUAGACUAGACUCUAAAUAUUUUAUAACAUAUUUUCUAUCACGUUUUCUAGUGCAGAGAGCCUAACUUCACACAAGCUCUCCGCAGCAUGUGUGGCCCAAUAAGUAGCAGUGUCACAAGUGGAGGGUCCUUCCUCACUGCUCCUCGUCUAGUGGCACAAGAUGUGCUGGGCAUUACGGGAUAGUACUGUCUGCAUCAUUUCCCGUCGAAAGACAUGUACAACUCUUUUCUUCAGAGCAGGUUUUUUGCCGUUUGUUGUUCAUUUCUUUUUACAAGUAUGCUUUCGUGUUACUUUGUAACGUUAAGAAAUAUCAUAACCAAAAGAUCUACUGAAUAGCAAUGGUUGUCAUUGCUCCAAUAGAGAAUUCUAAAGGUUUUUGGGGGAUUUUUUUUCUCCUCAAGGGAAUGUCUAACGCAGGGGUGCACAACUCCGGUCCUCGAGGGCCGAUCCGCGUACUGGUUUUUGUUCCAACCAAUUGCCUCGUUUAUAAUUUACAAUUUAUAUUCUAUGAAUUACCCUGGCUCAGGGCUGUAAUUGAGCAGUAGGAUACACUUGCAGUCUGCAGCUGGUACUCCGAAACAUGUCAGAUAAGAUAUGAUUGAGUCAAUUAAGACCAGAAGUUGGCACAAAAUCCUGAAACGGAUCGGCCCUUGCUGCGCACCCCUGGUCUGAAGCUUGGGGAUUCAGAAUGCAGUUUAUGUCGCGGUGCACUGCCAUGGGGAGUUGGAGACUUCCCCCAUCUCCAGCUUGCAUACAGUAGAAAAACCCUUCAGCACAGAACAGAAGGCAUCUGGGCCUUCCGGGUUUCUGUAGCACACAUUUCAACACAAUUUAUACGUUUACGUUGUCCUAUGCAGUAUACGCCCAAUGGCAAUGUACAUUCUUAAAAAUUAAGAGAUUAUUCACUAUAAAUUAUUUGUAAAGCAUCAGGUAUUUACAGUGGGUUGCAUUCCUGGAAUGUUUGUUAACUUGUACAUGUGUAGUGCACUCUCUUUUAUAAAGAAAAAUAACAAUAAGAGCAUAAUAAAUUUAAUACAGAGGAAAAA